AAUAUUUUAUAUACAUUUCAUACACGACGGAGAAACACAUAAUUUCCUCUCAAUUUUCUUCUUCUUCUCUCUCUCUGCAACCAACAAGCUUGAAACAGAAGAUGAAUGGUGUAACACACCUUGAAACAGAUGAUGACUCAGAUUUUGUUGAAGUUGAUCCAACCGGUAGAUAUGGCAGAUACAAUGAAAUUCUCGGUAAAGGAGCUUCUAAAACAGUAUACAGAGCAUUUGAUGAGUAUCAAGGGAUUGAAGUUGCUUGGAAUCAAAUCAAACUAUAUGAUUUUCUGCAAAAUCCUGAAGAUCUUGAGAGGCUUUACUGUGAAAUUCAUCUUCUCAAGACAUUGAAACACAGAAACAUAAUGAAAUUCUACACUUCUUGGGUUGAUACUUCCAAUAGGAAUAUCAACUUUGUCACUGAAUUCUUUACUUCCGGUACUCUUAGACAGUAUAGGUUAAAGCACAAGAAGGUUAACAUAAGAGCAGUGAAGCAUUGGUGUAGGCAGAUCCUGCAAGGACUUUUAUAUCUUCAUAGCCAUGAUCCACCUGUGAUUCAUAGAGAUCUUAAAUGUGAUAAUAUUUUCAUUAAUGGUAAUCAAGGGGAAGUUAAGAUUGGGGAUCUUGGUUUGGCUGCGAUUCUCCGGAAAUCACAUGCUGCUCAUUGUGUAGGAACGCCCGAGUUCAUGGCGCCAGAAGUAUAUGAAGAGGAGUAUAAUGAAUUAGUUGACAUAUAUUCCUUUGGUAUGUGCGUGUUAGAAAUGGUCACAUUUGAAUAUCCGUAUAGCGAAUGCAGCCAUCCGGCACAAAUCUACAAGAAAGUUUCUUCUGGGAAAAAACCAGACGCUUUGUAUAAAGUGAAAGAUCCUGAAACGCGAGAGUUUGUUGAGAAAUGUCUUGCAACUGUAUCUCUAAGGCUCUCUGCGAGGGAGCUUCUUGACGACCCUUUUCUUCGAAUUGAUGAUUACGAAUAUAAUUUGGGAUCGGUAGAUGUUGAAGAGUUUGUUGACUUGGGUCCUCUUGUUAGUCAGUCAUUCUUUUCACUCGAUCGUAGCUAUAGUAACAUAAGUACCGAAUACUCAAAUGGUUUCGGGUAUGAAGCAGAUUGUUAUUCUCAUCCGGCUGAGAUUGAACACGGAAUUGAACUUUUCGAGUGCCAAGACGAUGAAACCUCCAAAGAUGUUGACAUAAGCAUCAAAGGCAAGAGGAAAGACGACGGUGGCAUCUUUUUGAGACUAAGAAUCGCAGACAAAGAAGGUCGUAUCCGAAACAUUUAUUUCCCAUUUGACAUAGAAUUGGAUACAGCAUUAAGUGUAGCAACCGAAAUGGUUGCAGAACUUGACAUUACCGAUCAAGAUGUUACCAGAAUAGCCGGUAUGAUAGACGGAGAAAUCGCGUCGUUGGUACCAAAAUGGAGGCGAGGACCGGGAGUCGAGGAAGCCGCCAACUAUGAAAACCAAAUUUUCUGCGAAAAUUGUGUUUCUAAUCAUACUACAGUUACGGAUUUUCUUUCCCGUAAUCAAAGUGGAAAAAACUUGCAGCUUCUUCAAUGCUGCAUGCAUGGAUGUGCUUCAAUGCACGGCCGUUUUGAAGAGAUUACAUUCCAAUCCGAGGAGUACGACAACCACGUCAGCGAGGAAGCGCCUAACAUAUCAAGCGAAUCUGACUUUUUACAGUAUCAAGAAUCGUGGAGUCAUCAUCAAGAAAGCCGCGAACUGAGUCCAGUAGAGUCUACUCAAAGCCCUUCAGACGAACAUUACGAACUAGGAAACCAUUCUACCAUCGGUUCACUACAUUGCGGAGUCGAGAAUGAUUAUGAGAAAGAGAUACAACACGAGUUGAGAUGGCUGAAAGCAAAAUAUCAAAUGGAGUUAAGGGAGCUUAGGGAUAAACAAAUAGGACUAGAACCAAAAUCGCCGCAUACGAGCAGCAACAUAAAGCACGAAACAACAUCAGAAACAGUAAACGGAUUCGAUAAUUACCGGGAUUACGAUUCUCGAGAGCACAAGAGCCAACCCGAUUUGGAGACCCGAAGGGCUCAAAAUUGCGGCGCGGUGUAUUGCGACGAAGAAAAUAUGGCUACUGCAAAGAGUUUCUACAGAAGGCUGUUGCUUCAAGAGACUCUACACAGAAGUGUUUCACUUCCUGUUGAUGCUGUGGAUGUAUAAUACAGUGUGAUGAUGAUGCAGACAUUGAAUUUGAAUUCUUUUGUAGAGUAUGUAUAUAGACAUCACAUGAGGAAACCAAAUAAUUUUCUUAUAAAGUAUGAAUAUAAAUCAGAUUUUUUUGGUGUGGAGUGUAAUGAUGGGGCAAAACAUGGAAUGAGAAAACGUGUCGUGUGUGAAUGUAUGUUUGUUACCAAAAAUCCAAUAAUUGUUGUAGCAAGUGGCAAGUGAGUCAAGUUAUUGCAUUCAAACA